GGUUGAUCCAUAUAAGUAAGCUCGAACCACAAUGCAUUUAUCACUCGCGAUUCAAGUUGCAUAGGUACCUGCGGUAUACCUACCGGUAUAAUACCUUCCUUUUAUCUAUCUACCUUUCGUAUUCAGUUGCUGAUAAUUUCCGUUUGUUUUUUUAAACUGGCUAAGUUUCGAAAAAUCGUUGCAAAAUAUCACCGUCCCGAUUGUUUUAUUUCCAAAUCGGAUAAAAUUUACUUGAAGUAUAUUUUCGGGUGUUUUUCAACGUACCAUAAAUCUUACACUUAAUUUUUUUGAAUAUAUUUUUCGGUUGGUUGAUUGAAUUUUGGUGGUGAAAAAUGCCUGCUUUGUAUCCUACUGUUGUUUCUAACAGAUUCACGAAUGAGAUCGGGGGAUUCACCAAGAGCUUUGGUACACCCGACGUUGUUAUUGGACAAGUUCGAGCGCUAAGUGUCGUGCACGGAGAUUUGAAAGAAUUGCCAGAAAAGGUUAAAUCGUAUGUCCAAGAAAAUAUCAAGCUCUGCGAACCGGACAAAAUCCACAUUUGCGAUGGCACUGAUUACGAAAAUCAAAAACUCAUCGAUCAGAUGUUGGAACAAGGAACAAUUACUGCUUUAUCCAAAUACGAAAACUGUUGGUUGGCCAGAACUAACCCAGCCGACACAGCUAGAGUGGAAUCCAAAACCUUUAUUUCCACUGAGAAGAAAUCCGAGACAAUUCCAACACCUAAAAAUGGAGUCAAAGGUGCUUUAGGCAACUGGAUAGCACCAGCAGAUAUGGACGCAGCUAUUAAAGAAAGAUUUACUUCUUGUAUGAUCGGAAGAACUAUGUAUGUCGUUCCGUUUUCUAUGGGUCCAAUUGGAUCACCAUUAUCCAAAAUAGGUAUCGAACUGACUGAUUCGCCAUACGUGGUAGCGUCGAUGCGUAUCAUGACAAGAAUGGGAGCACCAAUUUUGAAGAAACUCAAAGACGACCAGGAUUUCGUUAAGUGUCUUCACUCCGUAGGCAGGCCCAGUAAUGGAAUUGUUGAGUAUCCCAAUUGGCCUUGUGAUCCUGAGAGGACCAUUAUCCUGCACAGACCGAAAAACAAUGAAAUAGUUUCCUAUGGAAGUGGAUAUGGUGGAAAUUCUUUAUUGGGGAAGAAAUGCUUUGCCCUUCGAAUAGGAUCGACCAUUGCCAAACGGGAAGGAUGGUUAGCAGAACACAUGUUGAUAUUAGGAAUUACCAACCCAAAAGGUCAGAAACGGUAUAUAGCUGCCGCAUUUCCGUCAGCUUGUGGAAAAACCAAUCUAGCCAUGAUGACCCCAUCACUACCUGGCUACAAAAUAGAAUGUGUUGGAGAUGACAUCGCUUGGAUGAAAUUCGAUAAAAAUGGACAAUUAAGAGCCAUCAAUCCAGAAAAUGGCUUCUUUGGUGUUGCUCCAGGUACCUCAAGAAGCAGUAAUCCAAUUGCAAUGGAUACAAUCUUCAAAAAUACUGUCUUCACAAAUGUUGCAUCUACAAGCGAUGGUGGGGUAUUCUGGGAGGGAAUGGAAAAAGAGGUGGUAGACAAUACGAACAUAACAGACUGGAAGGGUAACCCAUGGAAGAAAGGUCAAAGUACACCUGCAGCCCAUCCAAAUUCACGGUUUUGUACGCCAGCCAGUCAAUGCCCGAUUAUAGACCCAGCUUGGGAGGACGCGGAAGGUGUACCUAUAUCGGCAAUUUUGUUUGGUGGAAGAAGACCAACUGGUGUACCAUUGGUGUACGAAGCAAGAGAUUGGAAACAUGGCGUUUUUAUUGGAUCCUCGAUGAGAUCAGAAGCCACUGCAGCUGCUGAAUAUAAAGGCAAAGUCAUAAUGCACGACCCUUUUGCAAUGAGACCAUUCUUCGGUUACAACUUUGGACAAUACUUAAGCCAUUGGCUAUCCAUGGAAAACAGAUCUGACAAACUGCCAAAAAUCUUCCAUGUAAAUUGGUUCAGAAAAGACUCCAACGGGAAAUUCUUAUGGCCAGGUUUUGGGGAAAACUCCAGGGUUCUAGACUGGAUUUUAAGAAGACUGGAUGGAGAGAAGAUCGCGCAAGAAACACCAAUAGGUUUAAUUCCUGCUCCAAAUAGUUUUAAUUUAAAAGGAAUCGAAGAAAAUGUAAACUUGGAAGAACUAUUUAAUAUACCCAAAGAUUUUUGGUUGAACGAAGUGGAAGCUAUCGAAAAAUAUUUUGAUGAUCAAGUUGGUAAAGAUUUACCAAAAGAGAUUGUGUUGCAGUUAGAAAAUUUGAAAAAACGUUUGGCACAGAUGUAACAAUAAUUUUUAUUGUAUCAGUAUUAAAAUCGUUAAGUUUAUCUCCAUAUUAUUAAGGUAAUAAUAGUCAUUUAUUCUAAUGAUUAGUGUAUUUUAUGAACGGUAUAGUUUGUGUAUUAAAAAAGUGGCGAUGAGAAUAAAGCAAUAAUCGCUAUUUUUAUUUUACUUUUUAACUAAAUUUAUAUUGUAAUUAUUGUACUGAAUGAUAAACGCUUGU